AUGGAUGCUAGCCACAACAUGGGCUACUACCACGGCGAAGGCUGGCAUGCUGGAAGCUUCGCUGCACAAGGACACACGUGGCACGAGGAUGCGACGUGGGCAUGGCAUGAAGGUGUUUGGCACCCUGGAUGGUCUGAUGCUGCUUGCUCUUGGGACGGAUCCUGGUGGGGCGAAGCCGCAGAGGAAGGCGAUGCUUGGCCGCAGGCCAACAGCGUAGACCAUCUCGGUCCCAAAACCGCGGCGGACGAGCGCACCGCGCAGAUUCACUUCGCAAAGACUUACCAGGUGCUGAACGAGGCCAUCGAGAAGCAUCCUGCUGCCUUCAGAGACAAGUUCUCAUUUCUGGACUUGGGCUGUGCGCCCGGCGGCUUUUCGCAGCGGAUGCUGGAGGAGUUGGGCGAUGGCGGCACUGGUUACGGCGUCACUUUGCCGUUUGAGGCGGGUGGCUUCCCUCUGCUGCUGCACGACCUGCGGUACCAUGUGCAGGCAAGCAACCUGAUGGAACUGCAGUCUCCAGAAGACCUGGAGUGUCCGAAGUUGGUUGAUGUGAUCAUGGCAGACGCGCAGGACCUGGGAAGACGGAGCCCAGCAAAUCAGCGAGCCAAGCGCCGCAAUAAGACCUCGAAAAACGCCAAACAAGGCGAUGAUUCCGAGGCUGCUGGGAUCGGCGCUGCGUGUGCCACUUUGGGAAUUUGGGCCCUGACCUUCCAGGAGAUCCGAUUGGGUCUUGGCAUGCUUCAGGAAGGAGGUACGUUUUUCUUCCGAUUCGGGUGGCGUGGACGUGGAGACCAGGAAGAGCACUGGUACCGCGAGGCGAUCCUGCGCUUGUUGGGGCUCGUGAUCGCCUUCUUCAAGGAGGUUUUCCCCUUCAAGUCCGAGAGCUUCCACCAGGCGGAUCCUUGUUUCUACGUGGUGGCUGCUGGCUUUCAGAGACAAGGCUAUGAAGAUGCCAUGCUGGAGACGAGGUUGAAGAGUGCAAUCCAGAGCAUUAUUGCCUGUGAAGCAGUGGGCGAUUUGCCGGAGUGCAUCCAGACACUCGCAGAGUUCUCCACACCAUCAAAUCACCAGCGCAUAGACGAGCUCCUGGACACUGUGAGCCGCGUGCGCGCAAUCGGCCUUUCCAGCCGAACUACAGUCGAGGCCGGUGGCAGAGAGAGCCCAGAAGCGCAGCUUAUCAUCCGCCCCGUACCCUAUCACUUGACCAUGCCACGGCUGCGUCAGCACAUGGAGUGUUACGGGAAGAUCGCUUACAUCCGACGGCGUUCUCAUGCUGUGGGUGUCGGUGCAGAUGCGUUGAUCCAGUUCGUUCAGCCGGCACAUGCCAAAAUGGCACUUGAGGCUGUAAACGACAUGAAAGUUCUGGGAGAAACUGUCGUGGCGAGGCUGGGAAAGUCUGGAUGA